CGUGAUUCGCCCUUUUCACGGCUUCGCUUAGUGGCCACUGCUCAGCGCCUGCUUGAGGUACCAGAGCUACAAAUUUUGACGCUCCGAGGCUGGCUGUCGUCAGCUUCAGCACUCGCCGACGUAGAUGUCUACAUGUCACCCAAAGAUCAACAACAUGGAUCAACUGGCCGAAAGGUUGUGAUCCGGUUGGGACUCGGUAAUAGCCAGCCGCCUGUCAGAAGCCCCUAUUCUCCCGAUCCUGAUUCCUUCGUGCUGCUGCUGAGCCACAAUUGAGAUUUUGUUUUGUGUUGCGGGCUAGCCGAGUAAUGGGUUUCGGCCGACGUUGAUUCUGCUGCGCCAGUCCUUGCAUACGCCACUUUGUAGCCAAAGUGUCGGAAGCUGCCCUGAGAAACUGGAAGAGCCCUUCGCCAUCAUAGCAGAGCUUCUCGUUGGAACUUGAGAAGCAAAUACGCAAAGAUGCCUUCAGAGCGCAAGGCAAAGCAGAGGAUAGCCGUCGUUGGCUCCGGAAUGGCAGGUUUGGUCACUGCUUACUUGCUUCAUCAAGACCCGAAGGAGCGAUACGAGGUAACCGUCUUUGAAAGCGGAGCAAGCUUUUCGUUGGACUCUGCGUCGGUCUCUGUGCUAAAUGAGGCGCGAGAGAUGGUUGAUCGCAUCGACGUGCCCAUGCGUGCUUUUGCAGAAGGCUAUUAUAAAAACCUGAUUCGCAUGUAUAGGUACAUUGGAGUGCGCUUUAAAGCUCAGCGUUUCAUCUAUGCUUUUGAGAAUCACGCAGCUACGGAGAGCGAGAAGGAUAGCGCUCGAAAAUGCUAUUUCAUCCACUCUUCGAACAACCACGUGUUACCUCCUAUCCGACCAGAGGGCAUGUCAUUGUUCUCUUGGUUGGUAGAAGUUGUCUACGUUGCUGUCUGCUACCUUUGGUGGUCGUUUUGUUGUCACAUGGUGCCCCCUCAACCUGCUACCCGCGGCCACGAAUGCGAAUCUCUCGAGGAAUAUACCCGGCGAAUUUGCCUCCCGAGCUACUUUUUGAAUUCAUAUUUACUUCCGCUCAUGUCAAGUGUUGCAACAUGCUCUCAUGCAGCCCUUCUUCAAGCACCAGCAAGGGAUCUGACAGAAUACAAGAGGCAAACAGCAGGCGGCAAUCACUACACGGUGUCCGGGGUACACGAAGUUCAAAGCAAGCUAGAAAUUGGGUUCAGUGUUCGCUUCUCUGCGACAGUCAGCAAAGUAGAGGUUGCUGGGCCUGAGAGGGUCAAAGUCACAUGGAAAGACGUCGAUGGUGGCGUUCACAGCGAGAUUUUUGCUCAUGCCGUCCUAGCUGUAGCUCCAGAGGUCGUCGCAAAACUGUUCCAACCGCUUGAAAAAUGGAUGAAGCAAAUUCCUACGACGACUGUCAGGAGCCUUGUACGGGGAGAUGGCAUAACUCUGUCUGAUAUCAAGAAACCAGAAAAGAAUUAUAUGCCGAAUGGCUCAAGGACGGUACAAACCAUCCAUUUUCGGACUUCCACCAAAACGGGCGAAACAGAGUCUACCCACGUUCACCCUUCCGGGGCAAUGGUGACGACCUGUCCGUUCAUCAACACUCUAUCGACACGAGACGUCCUCAGCUCUGGGCAAUUCCAGCGAGCUCUUCGAACUCCCCGCAGCAGACGCAUCAUUAACACAAUAUUCAAUGGGCCGCGUGAGCCCCAAAAUCCGGACGAGAAACCGGUUCCAUGGAGAAACGGGGAUGAUAAUGUCUGGCUGGUUGGUGGAUGGUGCUGGGAUGGUAUGGUUCUUUUGGAAGGAUGUGUAGUUUCAGCGAUGCGAGUUGCAUCGGCACUUGAUGUGGCUGUACCUUGGAGCGAUAGGAAGCCAUGAGCUAAUCAACAACAGCAUUCAUUUCUUUCGUCAUGUAUGGUUGGCCAAAUCAGAGUCUCUUUAACCGUUAGCGUGACCAUGUC